UGGUGGUCGUAGUGCAGCGCACGCGUCACAAGUGUACCACGAGCACGUGCUCAGUCGCGUCGUCUGCUACGGAGACUUUGACGCGCGGUUUGUCUGUUGUGGAGCGAUCUGUGCUAUGUGAGUGACUUGUGAACGAUACGCCGGUGACUUGGAUAGUUUAUAAAGCUUAAAAAUAAAGGUGUCACCAUUGGUGCCGCCAUGACGAACCUAAACAGAAUCCGGGUGGUCGUCCUGGGUAGCUCCAAAGUCGGCAAAUCAGCUGUGACUGUCCGUUACCUGACGAAGAGAUACAUCGGCGAGUACAGCUCCACCACAGAUUUCAUGUACAGACACAACGUCACGUUUGACAGCGUCACCACGGAGGUUGAGAUUCUAGACACGUGUAAAUGUGCCGCGACAGGGUGUCUGUACGAUCACAUACGCUGGGGAGAAGCCUUUGUCGUAGUGUACAGCAUCUGUGACAUGAACAGCUUCAACGACGCUCACACGUUGCUGGACAAACUCAGCAAACUCAAGCUUCCUUCCUACUACACCACACUGUUGCUAGGCAACAAGCGGGACCUAGACCACUCCAGAGCCGUGUGUGUAGACGCAGGCCAGGAGUUGUCUCUGCGAUACUCGUGUCAGUACUACGAGGUUAGUGCUGCCGAGAGUUUCGCAGGAGUGUCCCUGGCCUUCCAGAGUCUUCUGCGAGAGGCCAGAUCAGUUCAGUUACUGAGGGCGAUGCCCAUCCGCCGCAAGCUUGGAGUCAACUCUGUCUCUAAAGUCCUCGGCACCAUCUUCGGCAAGAACAGUAACAAGCGAGAUCGUAAGAAGAGGCCGUCUCUUAGUAUAUGAGAGACUUCUUCUCUGUUCCUACGCUCCUUUUACGUGUCCGAGUCCCCAGGUUCACCAUUAACGCUAGGUCAUCCCCAGUGAUUAUCAUACUAUUUAUUAUAAAACAAAUGGUUGAUUUAAAAGAGUGAUUUUAAAAUUAUUAACUAUUUAGAAGAGUGUAAAAACUGACAUUCUGGUGGUGUUCUGUAAAAACUACAUAAUACCUAUUAUGUGAAAUUGUAAAUAGUAAAAAUUAGGUUUUUAAUGUUGAAAGUUGUUGUUAUUCCGACUGUAAGAAUAUAAAUUAAUGUUGAUUUGUUAUUUGUUAUUGUAUACGUUGUGGUUGGAUUCCAGUUUCCCACCUAGUAGCCUACUGUUUAAAUGUUCUGUGUUUGCCAAAUAGCAGGUCAUCUUUAGCAUUCACUCACAAAAAUCAAAAAUGUUGCCAUAUAUUUUCAGAUACGCCAAUAAUGAUUUUGUAUUAUAGUAUGUGUAUUGUUGAUGCUACUUGUUAGUAACCAAUCGCAGAAAAAGAGUUGUUCUAAUUAAAUUAUAAUGGAGCGUGUUAGCCCUCCUCAGAAUACAAUUUUUUACGUUUUCUUGAGAGGUUUUUUUCUAAUAAAUUAAUAGCCUAAUAACUUAAAACAUUAAAAUCAAAAUUUCAAAAGAAUUUGUAUUAAAAUAGUACUCGAGCGAAAAAAAUAGCAUCAUAGUAAUUUUUUAUGCUAGGCUAAAUUCACCUUACAUAGUGUACUCUACAGUAUAAAUGUUCAAACAUUUUUUUAUUCGAAUUUGUUGUUGAAUAAUGUUGAGUUAAGCGGUUUUGAUUAUGGGUUUGCAGUUUUGUGUAGCAGCAUAGGUUGAAUGUUGAUGGAAAAUAAAAUAUGAUGUUCCUAUUUUGUAAAUAGUGUAAAUAGUAAGC